AUCCAUCUCAUUUCAUCAUCUGAUGCUGUCCUCUGCUGUCUUUUGCUCUUUCUCUCUCAAUCAAGCCAGCUGUCCAUCCACUGUCCUUUAUAACAAUCUCUUUUUCUGUCUAUACUCAACACGUUUCCAUUGUUUCAUACAUCGUCCUCUCUAGAUCAGGGCGAGAUAUGAAGCGGCAUCAUGGGUUUUAUGGAAUUCUACUUGGAGAUUGACCCUGUCACCCUCAACCUCAUCAUCCUGGUGGCCAGCUAUGUCAUCCUGCUCCUGGUGUUCCUCAUCUCCUGUAUCCUAUACGACUGCCGUGGCAAAGACCCCACCAAGGAGUAUGCCCCAGACAACACACCGGCACCACAGAGCCAGUCGCCCAUACGCCUUGUAGUCAUGCAGAAUUCGCCGACCUCAGGUCGCUGUGAGCCCAACAACACAUUAGGACACAUGGAGCCCCCGACGCCAGACUUGAGCCGGGACAGAGCGGAGAGGGAGAGGGAGAAGAGAAGUACUCUGGUCUGAAGAAGAGGAUGAGAAUGCCGAGGGAGGAGGCAACCAUUAAGUGCUGUUGUAUCACUUCGUACUGUGUUUUUAUUCUUGGACUCUUAGUUUUUAUUUUUAAAGUUCCUGGAAGAUGUUGUUGACCUGCAGGAGUCCACAGAUGGUAAGCAGUUAAAAAUCAGAUUGAAUCAAAGGAGAUCAUAAAUCUAUAUAGAUUAAUCCCAGACUUUUAGAAACCAGUUUCUUAUGACAUACAUUAAGUUGGACCGGACCGGCUAUCCAACUUACAAAACUGGCAUAAGGGGAAUUUUUGGUUUGUUGAAAAUUUUAAGAAUUAAAACAAAACAAACAAAAAAAAAAAAGGAUUUUUUGAUAAAUUAAAGAAAACGUUUCCUGCUAAACUGACACCCUAUGAUGUGCCAUUUAAAAGUCUGAGUAUUAAAAAUAACAAAUAAAGCUAUUUUAUUUUAAAUCCUUAAAAUAUUUUUACAUUUGCUCCAAAAUCCAGUAAAUAAAAUCUUAAUUUUCCUUAGUAUAAAAAACUACAAAUUCUUUAAAAACUGAGCUGUAAAUCAAAUUAUGAUGCUAAAGAGAAAAACUAAUUUAUGACUAGUAAUAGACCUAAACCUUCCAAAUGAUCUUUUAGUGAAAUGGGGUUAAAAUAAAAAUAUUAAAAUGCUGAAGGUAAAAACUUUUGGUUUCAAUAAAAUUCGGACAGCAUAAAAAUAGCUUCACAUGUCUUUUUAAGUAGACAAAACUGACCAUCCUGAGAGUUUUGUCCAACUGAGUAAUAUAAUUUGCCUUAUAGGGACUCAACUGAGGAUUUGACACAGUGAAUCAUGCUGGGGUCAAACAUAUGGGGAAAGGUUGGUUCAACUCAUUGUUAGAGGACUUGUUUAAAUGUUUGAGUCCAGCUUCACCGUGUUAAAAAAGGUCAACCUAAAGCUUCUUUAGCAUGAAAACUGUAAUGCUCAGCCUAAUAAAGUUAUAUUCUAGCUACAAAUUUAUUAAACUACAUUUACUGAAUCAUCUUGCAUACAAACAUCUGCAUGUUUUCAAGCAUUACAGUUCAAAGUGUAUUGAGGUCAUCUAUUCAUGCAGCAGAUCCUCUUACUGUCGUUCCAGCAAUCUGUUUGCUCCAUUUGUAUUCAUACAUUAGUAAUGGUAUAGAAUAAAAUCGUACAAAUGUGCUUCCAUUUGUGCCGUAACAAUUAAAACCAUAGCAGCUGAUUCGUUCUUUUUAUCAGAUAAAGAUUAAAACCUUAUCAGUUUCAGGAUAAUAGAUUGGUCUAAAGUAAAAUAAAACUUUCAAAUGUGGUAUACCCAGAAAUAGUCUGAAAAAUGUUUAUUGUGCCGAGGGUGCUCCUAAAGAGAAGAAUGUAUUUAAUAACAGGUCUGAGCAGGCCUUUUAUGAUCAGCUAAAGCCAAAAACAUGUUCCAUAACUGGUGCAGCUGUGUCAAUUAGUUGGUGAUUUGUGAUUAGGAUGGGAUAUGAUAAUCAGAAAAAGUCCAGCACAGACGUUUGCGAAGUUAUUUAUACAGUAACUACCAAUAAAAUUUGAAAGUUAGUUGUUUAAAGUAAAA